AGUCUGCCCUGGCAAUUUGCUGCGUCUGUCUGUGACUGACUGACUGCUGUGUGUAAUCAAGCAGAGCACGUCGUUCGUUGGUCGCGAUUUCAUUUCCGAUUUCUCGAUUUCUCACCCUCUGACAUCCGUUAACCGACCACCAACCAGUUCACUGACGUCAUAGAUACCUUGAAGAUUCGUUUUAUCCACGGAACCGUGUAUUUCAUCAUCCGCGAAACAGCCUGUGCCUGAUAAGAAAUCACUGCAAAGGGGAGCGAUGACGUCGUGAGGGCGCUGUGGUUGGAUUACUGCCUGUUGAUUCCCUCUUCAACGUUGCGCCUGGAUCCACUGGAAUGGAGGAGCACGAUCUGCUGGCCGAUGUGGAGUAUCUCAAGCGCAAACUGGAGCGCUACGCCGAGAACGACGACCAGCACAAGAUGCUGAAGGUCCUCUCGGGGCUGGAUGAGCUGGAGAUGAGCGUCUUCUGCUUGAAGGAGACGGGCAUCGGGAAGGUGGUCAACGGGCUGCGGAAGCGUCCGGACGAGGUGGGCGGGGCGGCGCGCGACCUGAUCAUCAAGUGGAAGUCCAUCUCGGUGCCGGUGGCCGCCGCCGCGCCCCGCCCGCCGGAGCGCCGCAGUCCCCCGGCCAGCAGCAGCGCCUCCUCCUCCCGCAAGCGCGCCCCCUCCCCCUCAUCGGCCCUGGACGAAUCGCUGGCCAAGCUGCCGUGUCUGGACGACCCCGACAUCAGCAGUCUGCUGUCCAGCGCCGCCGACGGCUACGCCGGCAGCGGUCCGGCGCCGGCCCUGGCCGCCGUCAGCCCCGUCGACGCCUACGCCAUUACCUCGCGCAAAGGCCGCACGCAGGUCUUCUCGGGCCGCGCCCGUCAGCGGGCCUUCGUUCAAGUACCGAAACUGGUGGACCUCUGCAUCCGCGUCCUGAUGGAUCACAUUGACGAAAUCGAGGAGAUGGGCCCGGUGCCGUACCACGUGAUCAAGCCGGUGCUGGAGGCCUGCACGGCCCCGCAGCUGCGCACGCUGGAGCACCACAACCCGCAUCUCGUCGAGGACGCCGACGAGCUGUGGAUCAAGCACUGCGAGAAGGACUUCCGUGCCGCCGAACUGGACGACGAGGACGAGUGCUGGCGCGAUCUGUACGCGAGGAAGCUGAACGAGCGCGAGAGUAAACUGCAGGAACUGCGGACGAAGAUCAAGGCCAACACGGAGGCCCGCGCGGCGCCAGUGCGGCAGACGAAGGUGGCGGUGCUGGACGGGUCGCUGCUGCGCAAGGGCGGUCCGCGCUUCACCCGCCUGGCGCAGACCUCGCAGGCGCGCGCCGCCAUCCGCUCCAUGCCCGUGCCGCCCGCGCCCGCCCGCAACCGCGGCUGGGGCUCGGCCGGCACCUCGAGCGGCGGAGGGGGCGGGGCCCGGACCUCCUCGUCCGCCUCCACCGGCAAAAAAUCAGCGCCGAUGAUGGCGAAGACGCUGAAGGAUUUGAAGAAUCGUUUCCGCUGAGGAUCCGGGAUUAUCUUGUUGUGGUUUCUACAUAGUUUUUCUAGUGCAGAACGUCGCCAGCCCCCCAUCAUCCGUUUUCAUCGCCGACCUGACUUCACACGCUGUUAGAAAUUUAUGAUUAAUUUUCAUCGCCGCUUUGUUCUUGCUGAAAUUGUAAUAGGCUUUGUUGUAUAUGCGGGCGGUUGCGGUUGACGAGCGCAGCGAGCGGGAAGCCACGGACGCGUGAUGUGAUGCUUUUUCCUUGUGAUUUACUUAGCUUGGCAGAUUUAGGAAUUAAUUGCUGUUUUUUGUCAUUUUCACCCAGCGGAAUUUCUUCUGUUGUACUUCUCCGGUUUUUUUUCCUCUCUCUCUCUCAGCUUUUGAAUAUUUUACAGAUUGACCCAUUUGUUUUCCAUAGAUGACUUUAUUUACAUGAUGACUGCUGCAUACCAGCGGAAAUUAAAUUUGCGAACCA